CUUAUGGAUGUUCAUUCAUCCCUCUCGUCGGAAGACAUUAAAGGGUAAUGCCUGUAUGUCAAAAGGACGAGGAAGAGUUGAGUCGUGAACUUGUACGAAUAUUGAGUAAUGCAUCUCACAUUUCCCCUCAUAGGGGCAAGAAACUCAUAAUGUAUUUGAUUCAUGCAUGGCCCAAAUUUAUGGUAAGUAACUGUUGCCUGUUGGUAAUCAUACAAAGCCCACUAUAUAACGUCGAUAUCUCGCUUCCUUUCCUUUAUCCCAUCAUCAUUAUCCCCUCGUUGCAAGACUCAAGUAUAGAGUGCAAUCCUUCCCUCCACUCAAAACAUGACAACCAUGGCUGCUUCUCUACUAGCCCUAAUAAUAACAAUCAUCAUCUGCUGCAACGUAACCGCGGCAGCGCAUAAUCAACCCGGCGGCGGAUUCAGCGUACACUUGAUCCACCGUGACUCCGCGAGUUCCCCCUUGUACAAUCCUAACGAAACGCCAACUCAACGAGUCGGAAACGCUCUCAAGCGCUCUAUCAACCGCCUCCACCGUUUCGCUCCAUCAUCACUACCCUACUCCGACGUCACUGCAAGCAAUGGCGAAUACCUGAUGAACAUCUCCAUCGGGACGCCGCCGUUUCCCAUUCUGGCGGUCGCGGACACGGGCAGCGACGUCGUUUGGACUCAGUGCAAGCCUUGCUCCAGCUGUUACGACCAGGACGCACCAAUCUUCGACCCGUCCGCGUCUAGCUCCUACAAAACGGUGCCGUGCUCGUCCAACGCUUGCUCUUCCCUGCAGGCUGAAGGAGCCUAUUGCUCCUCCACCGACGCCGUUUGUAAUUACAAGGUCGGAUACGGAGACCGAUCCCACACCUACGGUGAUCUGGCUCUCGACACUUUGACCAUGGGCUCCACCGCGGGUCGUGACGUGGCAUUCCCCAAGACUCUCAUUGGCUGCGGCCACGACAACGCUGGCACGUUCAACCGCAAUGGGUCGGGUAUUGUUGGACUCGGAGGCGGGUCGGCUUCUCUGGUGACCCAGCUCGGCUCUUCUAUAGGCGGGAAGUUCUCCUAUUGUCUGGUCCCAUUCGGCUCCGAUAAUGGGUUGACCAGCAGCAUGAACUUUGGUCAAAAUGCCGUCGUUUCGGGUGCCGUAUCGACUCAGUUGUUCUCCCAUGUGUCACAGCCCACUUUCUACUUCCUCAAACUGGAAGCCGUGACCGUUGGAAAGGAGAGGUUGGCAUUUGGAGGAUCUUCUGUCGUCGAUGGUGAAGAAGGGAACAUCAUUAUCGAUUCCGGGACGACGGUUACUCUCGUCCCUUCCGAUUUCUUAGCGCAGCUUUCGGAUGCGGUGGACAGCCAAGUCGUCGGCGGGGAGAAAGCGAGGGACCCACAAGACUUCUUGAGCCUUUGCUACGUGGGGGACUACUCCCGUCUCCAAGUCCCUCCGAUCACGUUUCACUUUCAGGGUGCUGACGUGGAGCUGACUCGUGACAACGCUUUCGUUCAGGUCAGCGAUACGGUGACGUGUCUGGCUUUCUACGGGAGCGACGAUGCAUCCAUUUACGGCAACGUGGCGCAGCAGAACUUCCUCAUUGGCUACGAUCUUCAGAAGCGGACUGUGUCAUUCCAGCCCACUGAUUGCGCAAAGAACUGAUCAUUAGUGAAUUAUUUUAUAGUUAAUUAAAUUUGCAGUUCACAAUCAUUUUCUGUACUGAUCGAUCGGAUUGUUUACUUUUAAUUGUUGGGGAUUUGUCAUGAACUAUUUUACUUUUCAAUUAUCAUUCUGGCGGAUUGAUAAAUCUUCUCCUCUGUUUUUUUUUUUUUGGUACACAAGUAAUUUGAUUAACUACAUAAAUGAAAGGAUCCUCAUGUGAUCAUGCAUAAGUAAAAUAUCUAUUAUACCAAGCACUGCAUGGACACACACAUAUAUAUAGGUGUUUGGUUCUUGGGUUAUUUACUUAUUUUACAUGAUGAAAACAACUUUAUAUUGAUGAAUGUGGUCACAGUCCGUGAUGCACAUCAACAAAUAUAAGAUGGAUAACGAUCCCCUUUGGGCAUUUUAAAUUCUCUGUAAUGGGAGUCUUUGACGGAGGGGUAUAAAAUUAAAGGACUUUGUCCUGAUUAAUUUAUCAAUGCAUUACUAGCAGUAGCACAGGGCAAUGUUCAUUGGCCGGAAGGGUUUGAUAUUUUCACAUGAAUAUACUCAACUUUGAAAUACAUGUGUUACGUGAAUAAUUCAUUCCCAAAAAGUUAUUCUGGACCCUUUUCCUAUAAUGUUAUGGGCCACAUAUUUUACAAUUAUAUGAGCUAUUUGGUUAUGUGGGCUAAUUGAAAGUGAUUCAAAUCAGGAGCCCAAAGAUGUCUUGGAUUGAUAUGAGCCUAAAUAGAUGGAAACUCAAUACUUAUUCACCUUGGGAUUUAUGGGAGCACACAGUGACUAGUAAAUAAAGGAGUUGAGGUCGUGGUCCCCAAUACACCAAGACCAAAAUAUUCUCGUCUUCUCCCCAUCAGGAAGACAGAGCUCUCCCGUAAAGGAACUAUGGAGGCUUGGUUGAGGAAGGUCACAGUACCUCCUGGAUCGUGCUCUAGGAGUAUCAUCCAGUUCCAGAUCAUCUUUCAGAUUCCGCAUCAAGUUCUUGGCGAUCAUUCGACACGGAUCCAAGUAUUCCUAGUAUUAACCUUUGAUAAUCUUACAAGAUGAAUUUUCGGGGAAUUGCAUAUGUUAUACUAUAUUUUCUUUCAAGUGGUGUAAGUUUAUUAUUUUAUUUGAAAAGUUGUACAUGAAUAAUUGAGGAAAGUAUUUGAAGUACUUUAUUCAUGGAGUUAGAAAAUGCCCAACAACGUAUAGAAAACAUGUUAAAUAGAAUACAUGUAUACCUUGGGGAGUUCUACGGUACCCUGGUUGAAAUCCAGGGUACCGCAUAAGUUGAGUAAGAAAAUGGUAUCCAAAAUUUGAAUUGAUUGAUUUUUCUGACAUGAUACUAUACUCUGUACUGCUCCAGUGCUCCUAGUAGGGUCAAAUUUGUAGGAAAUUUUGGUGUUCGAUUGUUUCAUUUAAGGAAAAGGUAGCCUUUUGCCAUGUGUGGUUCGAGAAGGCCUUCGAAAGUCCUGUGAUGGUGCUCGAUCUCAAGAGGUUGUGCGCACUUCUUUGGUUUCGCUAGGGAGAGCGAAAAAACCAUUGGUUCAAUCGAUCGAAGCUUGAAGAAGACGAUAUUCACUCAGAAGAUCGCCUAUUGGAUGGAUAACUACCUCCAUGCCCAAAGCUGAGCUGAUUGGACUUGCAUGUUCCAUCUGUCUGCUGUAACAGCUGGAUCAAGGCUCCAAGCAGUUCCUUCAAACUGAAUUUUGAUGGUGGAUUGCUUGUCGAUGAGGGAUUUUUCUGGGGGGGAGUGGUUUGUGCUAACAAAGGAAACUUCUUGUUUUGUUUUACAUCGAAGGAGAAAGGAAUAUGUGGUGCGGAAGAAGCGGAGUUGAGGACUAUAUAUGAUUUAACAUGUUCAAGAGACGGCGACAAGAGGAAUUCGGUUGUUGACAAAAUUGAAGAAUAUUGUAGGGAGCUCGUUGACACGCUAUGACACAACACCUAACAAUGGCCAAGUGUAACCAAUGAAAGGGACUGCAGUAU